UGCCGCCGGGGCCUCCCGGUGCUGCGGCGCUGCUGCGGCGUGCCGGCCCCAGAGGAGCGCGCCGCACGCGGACCGGGCCGCCGCCGCCGUGCCCUCCUCUCCGCCGUGCGGGCACGCCUCCCCUCCGGCGCCACCGUCCGUCGUGCUGCCUACCCCGCGGGCGGGGCCCCCCAGUCCAGCAGGCACUGCCGGCGCCGAGCGUCGAGACGGGCUCCGGGACCAGCGCGCCGAGCCACCUGCGCCUGACCUGCAGGUAGUGCUGCACUCACUCGGUCCCCUGAAAAGAAUUCGGCAUGGGGAUUCUCCGAAGGAAAGCCACUGUUGGCUGGGCGGAGGAGAACACGCCCCCCACCGUGUUGGACUCGUCUUCCAAGCCGGAGACCAAGCGCCACCCCCGCAUCAGCAAGAAGGACCGGUCCAUCUCCACCGAGUCCAGCGUGUACCACACGGCGAUCACCGUCAAGGCCAGCUGGAACGAGUACUGCAACUCCACGGCCAUCCACGGCGUGCGCUACUUCGUGGAGGAGGGCAGGUCUCCGUUUGAAAGAGCAUUCUGGGUGCUGGCGCUGGGACUGUCGCUUGUCGGCUGCUUCUACCUCAUGGUGAAGGUGUACACGAAGUGGGAGGGCUCCCCCGUCAUCGUGUCCUUCGCGGAGACGGCCACGCCGAUCUGGAAUGUGCCCUUCCCCGCCGUGUCGGUGUGUCCAGAGACCAAGUCGCGCCAGACCAAGUUCAACUACACGGGCCUAUUCCACGACCACUUGGACUACAUGACCGCCAUGGCCGAGGCCGCGAAGAACGGCACGAACGAGACGGAAGUGGUGGACAUCAGUCCGGACGAUCAAGCCAAGCUCAAUACGAUCUCACUUAUCUGUGACCAACACGUGUUCACGCAAGGGAACACAACGAUAACACCAGACGAAUUGGAAUAUUUAAAAGAGGUGGCGCCACCGAUAGACGAGGUGCUGUUCGUGUGUAUGUGGGAGGGUCAGAUUAUGCCAAACUGUUCUGGGAGGAUGGGCGAACCGCUCUUCACCCCCUUCAUGUCGGACGAAGGGCUCUGCUACACCUUCAACAUGCUCAGCAACCAGGAGCUCUUCACCUCUCUCGCAGUGCAGUACAACGAGACGGAGAGCCGCAACUCGCUGGGUUGGAACCUGAAGGAAGGCUACCCGGAGAACGCGAGCCUCAACACGUUCCCGCGGCGCGCGCUGGGCCAGGGCGCCAAGUCGGGGCUGUCCAUCCUGCUGCGCGCCUACAAGCAGGACUGCGACUACCUGUGCCGCGGCCCAGUGCAGGGCUUCAAGGUCCUGCUGCACAACCCCGCCGAGGUGCCGCGCAUCAACCAGCAGUACUUCCGCGCGCCGCUCAACCAGGAGGUGGUGGUCGUCGUCAAGCCCUCCAUGAUGACGACCUCGGACGGCCUGAAGGACUACGAGCCCUCGCGGCGGCAGUGCUACCUCCCCACAGAGAGGCAGCUGCGCUACUUUAAGGUGUACACUCAGAAAAAUUGCGAGCUGGAGUGCUCGGCCAACUACACCAUGAAUAUGUGUAAUUGCACUGCGUUCUACAUGCCAAGAUCAUCGGGUAUUCCCAUAUGCGGUCCUGGUAGCAGUAACUGUGUGAAGGAGGCCUCAGAGAGCCUGGUUCUGCGCGAGAUCGAGCAGGAGCUGGGGAGGCAGAAGGGCAUCGUGUCGGAGGACGACUGCCACUGCAUGCCGGCCUGCACCUCCCUGGAGUACGACGCCCAGACCAGCCAGGCGGACUUUGAUUGGGAGAACGUGUUCCAAGCGUACCGGACGGCCACCAACGAACUGGGAGAGGGGCUUGCUCUAGCGCGCGUCUCGAUCUACUUCAAGGACACGCAGUUCAUCACCAGUCGCAGGAGUGAACUGUACGGCCAGACCGACUUCCUCGCCAACUGCGGCGGCCUGCUCGGUCUGUUCAGCGGGUUCAGUUUCAUCAGCCUGAUCGAGAUCCUGUACUACAUGACCAUCCGUCUGUGGUGCAACGUGCACCGCGCGAACCAGCGGCGCGCUAAGGCGCUGUCAGAGAUCACCGCCCUCGGCCAACUUGCCAUGGCGGGCUCCUUCGACGUGGAGAAGCAGCAGCCGCGGCCGUCCGCACCCGAGAUACCAAUCAAGUCCUAGGCUAGGAAACUUAAUGAACCGUUUCAACGUGUCAAUUAAGUAAUCAAUCGAAUUUCGUAAUUUAAUCGUUUAUUGUUGUCGGAAGGAUUACGAUGAAGCAAUAGAUUUUUAACAUCACUUUCUUUUUCCAUCCAUUAAGUCGCCGCGCCAAAUUAACUGAAGAACAUCACGCUCAUAUUCCGCUUGUUAUUUGUUUUCUGUUCCUCUGGAAUAAAGUAAAUCUUUCUCUC